CUUUUGGUGGAUUGCUUUUUUAUCUUGUUUUUAUCUCAAAUUUUUAUCUACAAUAUACAGUGCUUAAUUUACUCUAUGACAGUAUAAAUAAUGUGAAUAACAGCUGCAAGAAUGCUUUUAGUUUUUUUUUUUAAACUAGGAAAGGAUUUUUUUAAACAGGUUAGCUUAUACUAUUAAAAAAAGACAUGUUUUAAUUAAUAUUCCGUAGUCGUCAAUAGGUCAUCAAAGAUUCCAUCAAUACGAAAAAUAUAAAUUUUACAACGUUCGAGAUAAAAAGACACUUGUUGACUCUUGUGAAUCUUCGUCAUCGAUCGGCGAUCAGUGGUGGACAGCCUGGAAACUAACCUACUUACCAAAAGAAAGAAAAAAAAGAGAAGGAAGACAGAAGCCGUUUGACGUGUUGUAUAGCAAAGCAUAUUGGAUAUUUGGUACUUAUACACAUACAAGACAUGUACAAGUUUGUCAUUUUAAUAUAAGUUAGUCUAUCGUACACUUGGCCGUCCGUUAUUAAUUAUUCACGAUUGUUUUAAUACAAAUGAAACGAUAUAUCUCCUGACGAUUUACGGAGUGAAUAACGGAGCAAAGCAUGAAAAGCAUUAGCGGUACUCGAGAGAUUACUUGCAAAUCAAAAAAUGCAACUCUGGAAGCGAAGGAAAAGGAAAAGAACACAAUGGAUUGGUGGCUUAUGUUCGGAGGUAUAACUGUGCUUACCUUAAUUACCAGAUUUUACAAAGUCACAGAACCUCAACACGUAUGUUGGGACGAAACACACUUUGGUAAAAUGGGUAGUUGGUACAUAAACAGAACAUUUUUCUUUGAUGUGCACCCACCAUUGGGAAAGAUGCUCAUUGCUCUGUCCGGAUAUAUGACUGGCUAUGAUGGAACAUUUGCCUUUGAGAAACCAGGAGAUAAAUUCGAAAAUGUUAAUUACAUUGGCAUGAGAAUUUUUUGUACAUUUCUGGGUGCAACCACUGUUCCUUUAUCGUACCUUACUGUAUGGGAUCUUACCAAAUCAAUUCGUGCUUCCGCGCUUGCUGCCUCUCUCAUCUUGUGUGAUGUAGGGCUGUUAACGUUAAAUCAAUAUAUCCUCCUGGAUCCCAUAUUGUUGUGUUUUAUGAUGUGUGCAACGUGGGGCAUGGUACGUGUAGCGUCACUCCAGGCUCAGCCGUUCACGAGAUCCUGGUGGUUGUGGUUGUCGUUCACUGGAGCUUCGCUUGCGUGCACGAUCGGCGUGAAAUUUGUCGGACUCUUUGUCGUCCUGCUCGUAGGGCUUUACACUGCGUAUGAACUUUGGCGAGAACUGGGCGAUCUGUCCAAGCCUAUUUCUUAUGUGGGGAAACAUUUGUUAGCAAGAUGCUUUUGUCUCAUCCUAUUACCGGUUUUACUUUACAUGCUAUUUUUUUAUAUUCAUCUUUCCGUUUUGAAUAAAAGCGGAAGUGGCGAUGGCUUCUACAGUUCCGAAUUUCAAUCGCUAUUACGCGGGAAUUCGUUAUAUAACGCGACGAUGCCACGGCAAUUAGCAUAUGGUGCCACCAUUACGUUAAAAAAUCAUCGCACAGGUGGCGGUUACUUACAUUCCCACUGGCAUUUGUAUCCCGAGGGAGUCGGCGCUAGACAGCAACAGAUCACGACUUAUUCCCACAAGGACGAUAAUAAUCUGUGGCUUGUGAAGAAAUUCGAUACGGACGUGAUACCAUCGGAGCCGGAAUUGGUUAAAUACGGUGAUCUUAUACGUUUAGAGCAUGUUAUCACAAGACGAAAUUUACACUCGCAUAAGGAGAUCGCGCCGAUAUCGAAAAAACAUUACCAAGUUACUGGAUAUGGAGAGAAUGGUACAGGCGACGCUAACGAUGUCUGGAAAAUAUUAAUAACGAACGGAAGAGACGGCGAUGUAGUGGAGACGGUGACGAGUAAAUUAAAAUUCGUACACUACCUUCAUCAUUGCGUAUUAACGUGUAGUGGAAAAACGCUGCCGAAAUGGGGAUACAGUCAACAAGAAGUUUCUUGCAAUCCCAACAUGAGAGAUAAAAACGCAUUAUGGAAUAUAGAAGACAAUCAAUACACCAAAUUGCCAAAUGUCAGCUUCCGGGUAUACGCGCCCGGAUUCCUCGACAGAUUCCUAGAAUCACAUGCUGUGAUGCUGCAAGGCAACUCGGAUCUAAAAGUGAAGGAAGGAGAAGUGUCCUCGCGACCGUGGCAAUGGCCAAUAAAUUACAGGGGACAAUUUUUCUCCGGAAACAAUCAAAGAAUAUAUCUACUCGGUAAUCCCAUCAUUUGGUGGGGCAAUAUAGUCUUCCUUAUAAUAUUUAUAAUUCUUUAUGUGUACGCUUCCGUGCGCGAACAACGUGGCUGCGACGACGAUGCCAUUGUGCUCGAGCAGCGAAAUAAGAUAACGCAUGCCGGCAAGUGGCUUUUUCUCGGAUGGAUUCUACAUUACGUGCCGUUCUGGGCGAUGACUAGGGUACUUUACUUCCAUCAUUAUUUCCCGGCAUUGCUAUACAGUUCCAUGCUAACCGGAAUUACAUUGAAUCACAUUAUCGAGAAUCUCUUGUUACUAUUUCCUGGCAAAGUGGGAAAUACAAUUUAUCAUGUAACUCUGGGAACUGUAAUCUCUGGCAUCACGUACAGUUUUUAUCUUUUUUCGCCAUUGGCUUACGGGAUGGACGGUCCGUCCGCCAUGGAUCCCGACAGUUUGAUGCACUCUUUACGGUGGAUGGAAUCUUGGGAAUUUUGAAGUCUGAUUUAACCGAUGCAACGCAAAGUAUUUUAUGCAGUACACUUUUUUCGCAAUGUAAUUAAAACAAGUAUAUUUUAGCAGUACAUUUUAUGUGCUACUAAAAAUACCAACUUUAAUCUUUAAUUGAAAUACUGGAAAAUGCUCUCUUAUUUAUAUUAUUUAUAUUUUUUACAAAUAUUAUAUAUUUAACAUUAUAU